AUGUUUAAACUUUGUCUCGCUCUCGUCUUGCUUAUUGCAAUAGAUGCAACUCCGGUUAAAUCCGGCUAUAUUAGUUGCUCCGGAAAUAUAUCAUCAGUGACCGAUAUUGAUCGAGUUCAUUUUGCACUGAACUUAGAAUUCACGGAAGCCGAAUUCUUCUUGAAAGCGUCUACCGGAAAAGGGCUCGAUGCGUUUAACGCGACGCUUGCUAAAGGCGGACCACCCCCGAUUGGGGCCAAGAAAGCCAAUCUUGAUCCUCUAACGAAACGAAUCAUCGAAGAAUUUGGUUAUCAGGAAAUCGGUCAUCUUANGGCGAUUGCGGAUAUGACGGGAGGGAUUCCGCGUCCGCUGUUGAAUCUGACGAGAGAGAACUUCGCCAUGUUCAUGGACAGAGCGGUUGGACGCAGAUCGAAACCGCGGUUCGAUCCUUACGCGAACUCACUCAACUAUCUUUUAGCUUCAUACUAUAUUCCUUAUGUUGGCCUCACCGGUUAUGUCGGAACCAUCCCUUACCUUGUCUACUUCAAUAUCAAGCGGCUUGUGGCGGGUCUUUUGGGAGUGGAAUCGGGUCAAGACGGAGUGAUAAGGACGCUCUUGUACGAGAGACAAAACGAGACGGUGGAGGAAUACGGCGGAGUCACGGUGGCUGAGCUGACCAACGAGAUAUCUAACCUCCGUAACGAGCUUGGUAUGUGCGGGAUCAAAGACGAAGGCUUGUGCGUACCACUGUGGCUAGGAGCGGAGAAUCGCACCACCAGCAACAUCCUCUCCGCUGAUCCAUACUCUCUUUCUUAUGACCGGACACCGCAAGAGAUCCUCAGGGUUAUGUACGGCACUGGAGACGAGCACCGGCCCGGCGGGUUUUGGCCGUGUGGUGCCAACGGGAGGAUCGCGAAGAUGCUUCUUGAUGAAGGUUGUUAUGGUCAUUGCGCUGCAUGCACAGAUGACAAGUGA